AUGGGCGCCGCGGCCCUGCGCGCCCUGCCCUGGGCGCUGCUGCUGCUGGGGCCGCUGCUGCCCGGGCAGGUGCUGCAGGCCAACCCCAUGCUCACCUCCGAGGGCCAGCCCGCGCCGCUGCCCGGCGGGGACGUGCCGGGCUUCACCCCCGCGCCCCCCGCCGCCCCCGAGGAGAUCCACCCGCUCAAGGAGCAGCCGGCCAACGGCUCGGGAGAGGGGCACGCCAAGCCCCGCAAAGCCUUCCCGGUCAUCGGCAUCGACUACACGCACGUCCGCAUCCCCUUCGAGAUCUCCCUCUGGAUCCUCCUGGCCUGCCUCAUGAAGCUGGGCUUCCACGUGAUCCCGUCAGUGUCCAGCAUCGUUCCUGAGAGCUGCCUGCUCAUCGUGGUGGGCCUUCUGGUGGGGGGGCUCAUCAAAGGGGUGGGUGAAAAGCCCCCCAUCCUCAAGUCGGAUAUCUUCUUCCUCUUCCUCCUCCCCCCCAUCAUCCUGGAUGCCGGCUACUUCCUGCCCUUGCGCCCGUUCACCGAGAACCUGGGCACCAUCCUCAUCUUCGCCGUGGUGGGGACGCUCUGGAACGCCUUUUUCCUGGGGGGGCUCAUGUAUGCCGUGUGCCAGCUCGGCGGGCCUGGCCUCAACCACAUCGGGCUGCUGGCCAACCUGCUCUUCGGCAGCAUCAUCUCGGCCGUGGACCCCGUGGCCGUGCUGGCCGUGUUCGAGGAGAUCCACAUCAAUGAGCUGCUGCACAUCCUGGUCUUCGGGGAGUCCCUGCUCAACGACGCCGUCACUGUCGUCCUCUACCACCUCUUCGAGGAGUUUGCCAGCUUCGAGCAGGUGACCAUCCUCGACAUCAUCCUCGGCUUCUUCAGCUUCUUCGUGGUGUCUCUGGGCGGGGUCCUGGUGGGCGUCAUUUACGGGGUGAUCGCUGCCUUCACGUCCCGCUUCACCUCGCACAUCCGUGUCAUCGAGCCCCUCUUCGUGUUCCUCUACAGCUACAUGGCCUAUCUGUCAGCUGAGCUCUUCCACCUCUCCGGCAUCAUGGCGCUCAUCGCCGCCGGCGUGGUCAUGCGGCCCUAUGUGGAAGCCAACAUCUCCCACAAGUCCCAUACCACCAUCAAGUAUUUCCUCAAGAUGUGGAGCAGUGUGAGCGAGACCCUCAUCUUCAUCUUCCUGGGUGUCUCCACCGUGGCUGGUCACCACUACUGGAACUGGACCUUCGUCAUCAGCACGCUGUUCUUCUGCCUCAUCGCCAGAGUGCUGGGCGUCCUUGUCCUCACCUGGUUCAUCAACAAGUUCCGAAUCGUGAAGCUGACGCCGAAGGACCAGUUCAUCAUCGCCUACGGGGGCCUGCGGGGAGCCAUCGCCUUCUCCCUCGGGUACCUGCUGGACUACAAACACUUCGGCAUGAGGGACAUGUUCCUCACAGCCAUCAUCACUGUCAUCUUCUUCACCGUUUUCGUGCAGGGCAUGACCAUCCGGCCCUUGGUGGAUCUGCUGGCUGUGAAGAAGAAGCAGGAGACAAAGCGCUCCAUCAACGAGGAGAUCCACACGCAGUUCUUGGAUCACCUUCUGACGGGGAUUGAGGAUAUCUGUGGUCACUACGGGCAUCACCACUGGAAGGACAAGCUGAACCGCUUCAACAAGAAGUACGUGAAGAAGUGCCUGAUCGCGGGGGAGCGCUCCAAGGAGCCCCAGCUCAUCGCCUUCUACCACAAGAUGGAGAUGAAGCAGGCAAUUGAGCUGGUGGAGAGCGGGGGCAUCGGCAAGAUCCCCUCUGCCGUCUCCACCGUCUCCAUCCAGAACAUCAACCCCCAGAGCCUUCCUUUGGAGCGUGUCCUUCCAGCCCUGUCCAAGGACAAGGAGGAGGAGAUCCGGAAAAUCCUCCGCACUAACCUGCAGAAAACCAGGCAGAGGCUGCGAUCCUACAACCGGCACACGCUGGUGGCCGACCCCUACGAGGAAGCCUGGAACCAGAUGCUGCUGCGGAGGCAGAAGGCCCGGCAGCUGGAGCAGAAGAUGAACAAUUACCUGACGGUGCCAGCGCACAGGGUGGACUCGCCCACCAUGUCCCGGGCUCGCAUCGGCUCAGACCCGCUGGCCUACGAGCCCAAGGAGGACUCGGAGAACCUGCCCAUCAUCACCAUCGACCCAGCCUCACCGCAGUCCCCGGAGUCCGUGGACCUGAUGAGCGAGGAGCCCAAGGGCUGCAGUGGCCUCCCACCCUCUCCCGAGGAGGAUGAGGAGGGGCUGGUGAUGCGGGUGAAGGAGCCUUCCUCCCCGGGGACUGACGACGUCUUCACCCCGGGGGCCAGCGACAGCCCCAGCAACCAGCGCAUGCUGCGGUGCCUGAGCGACCCCGGCCCGCGGCCCGAGCCCGAGGAGGGGGAGCCCUUCAUCCCCAAGGGGCAGUAGCUGCUGGCACAAAGCCUCCAAAUCGUUUCUCUCUCUCUUCAUUCGUUCGUUCUUUGCUCUCCUUUUUGGUUUCUUGUCACUACACACCGGGUUCAGGAAGGGGAGACUGUCCUGGAUGGACCGGGAUUGCCAGGACAGCUCUGCCCAGCGAGCCCUGGGCUGGCCCCAGCGAGCAGGGAAGGAGCCCUGGGAUGCCCUGGGCUCCUUGGGCAGCGUGGCCUGGGGGCGAUGGACAAUUUUCCGCCCGGGAUUGGGAUUUGCAGGUGCCUCUCAGCCCCCAGGGGGCUCUCCCAGAGGUGCCCACCCACUCAGGACCUGCGGCCGGCUCUGACCAGGGGUGUCCACAGUCCCCAUGGCACAGCUUCCCCUCUCCCUCGUGUCUGACCGCCCCUGCCUUGCUCCGGAGCGGAGAGAUGGGCCAGCAGGAGCUGUCACCCGGCACACACAGCUCCCCCUGCACCCUCCCAGGCACCUCGGGCCGUGCCGCUGCUCCUUGCCUUGGCAACCUCCCUGUGGGACCGGCUGUGCCUGGGAUCCUCCCUCCUGGCCUCACAUUUCAUGCCAGGCCUUCUCAAAUAAAUAUUCUAGAGCCAUGCAGGGGGGGAGCUGGGACCCCCUCGCUUUGAGCAGCCUCUCCA